AUGCCAUCAAUGACCCCUAUCGAAACGCAAAAAUUACUUUCUUCUUGCGAAGAUAAAGUCAUAACCUCUAAUAGCAAUGUAAAUUUAACAAAACGAUUAUUUUUAAAAUUAUCUGCCUUAUCAUCUAACAUUAAUAAUAAAGUCAGUGACAGAACAUCUAAUAAUAAAUAUACCCUUGAAAAUGUAAAAAAUGAAUUAUGCAUUCGAAGAGGAAACAAUUUUUACCAAAAUUCACAGAAGGACGAAAAAAAUACCUGUUUUUCAGAUACGGAUCUGAAAUUUCUAGUAAUAUCUUCAAAAAAAUCUAAUGAAAACAAAAACAGGUACAAGAAAAUACUGUUCUGUAAAUGGAAUUCAGGAAAUAUUAACAGUUACAAUUUACGAAACAAUACCAGUUCGAAGCUAAUAGAACUGAAAUGCGCAAAUAAAGAUACAUUCAGUAAUAAUAUUCCAAAAUAUGAAGCAUUUAGGUCUAAGUCAAAUUGUUUACCUAGUUCUCUUCUGUUAAAAAGUUUGGCUACCAAUUCAUUUUCAGAUUCUGUAGCAAAUGAAUCGAAUAUUUUACUGAACUUUCCUGCCUACACUAAUUCUACAAUGUCGAGUAUAUCUAAAGUAGUUGAAGUAAAAUCCGAAGAAAAAUCUUUUACACAUGUUAAUCCCGAUAUAAACAAAUUACAAAAAAUAGAAUCAAAUGAAUAUAACGUGCAUUCGAAAAAAAUGAAAAUGAAAUCGUCAGCAGAUAUAUUAAAAAGUCAAAUCAAGGAAAUAAAAAUUCCUGAAAGAAAAGUUAAGUCGGAAGAUAACCUGAUGAUUCUCGCAAUUAAAAAUGAAAAUACCAAAGAUUUCAUUUCCAUCCCUGAAAAAGAUACUGAGAGUCUGUCCUCUCCUCCAAAUCAUAGUUCGGAAACCAAUGAAAUUUAUGACGAAUUAGGAAUAUUAUUUUCACAGUAUAUGAAACUUCAAAUAAAACCGUGUAAAAGAAACUACUGCAUUCGGACACGACAUUUAAAAAGAAUACAACAUAGCACAAAAAAAUGUCAUACAAAAUUUAAUUACCAUCAAAUAUAUUCUUACGAUCAAAGACCAAUGUGUAAUUGUGGAAACAUAUGUGAAGAUACAUAUGAUGAAUUACAGUUAAUGUUUACAUUAAUGUCGGAACGGAAAAACAUUUAUCAACGUAUGUUUACAAGAAGAAAGAAAUUCUUGAACCAGCCAUGCAUGUCAAUUAAUUAAGAGUUUGUAACUAAAUAAUGUUACAGAUAACAAGUAUAUAUUUUGUACUAUUUACUUUUAGAAUAUAUGCUUCCAUUUUCAUAGUGAAUAUUUAUGAUGAAAUGGUACAAAAAAUAAAUAUAUGUACAUUUAAAACAUUA